GAGCUGUCGAGCUGUCUACCCCGCCCACUGCCACCGCCACCGCUCUUUUCCUCCCUCUCUCCCUCCUCUCUUCUCUCGAGCACGCGAUUCUCGGGCUGAAAAGGCAACAGAUUCAUGUCUAUCACAAGGCUUCCGCUCCAGCAGCUUACCGCCCGGCUUGUCAUCUCCCCAGCACCAACGACUCUGGGUGAGUCCACCGCGGUUCUAAAGAAGCUCCAGUCCCUCGGCACUGUCCUCUCAUUCAAGGCGCGUCCCACGUCUGUCUCUAGCAAUCCUGAGCAGCUAGAGGUGGAUGUCGUUUUCUCGUCCCGUGCCACUCUCGAGAAAGCCCAACAUGCAAAUCCCUUCACCGUCAAAGUGAACCACCAGAUCCCCGAUCCAAAGCUCCAAGAUCCCUACAAUGUUCGCAAUCUCCAGUCGAGGAGACAGCCCCAGUCCAAAAGCAUGACCUGCCGCGUCCAAUUCGACGACGCACCCCAUCUUCCCGGCCAGAACAUCCUUUCGGAUGGCUUCUCGCCGAGCCUCGAUACCAGGUUAUAUCAGAGCCUGACCGAUUUGAAACCACCGCCCGGUAUUGCGGCUGGGUUAGGCGUCUUGGAUGUUGACAGCAUGCACCUUCGUCCAACCUCUCAGCUCGUAGAUAAGCCUCCAGAACUAAUGCAAAUGUAUCGGUCCCAAAUCUCGGACCAUCCCAAAACCCAUCUGGCUGCGUCUGCGAGCUCUGGCCUGCAGGGCAAUGCAUCAAGAAACCAACAGUGACCAAGGCUCAGCUAAUUUGGAGGACAAGCACCCUCUCAGUUUCUCGGAAGGUCCUGCGUGGUACCCAAGAUAUCAGACUUCCCGCUCGCCACCAUCCACGACAGGACAGUAUCUGAACUUUCCCGGCCCCAGCAAGCCUUACAUAGGUGGCCCCUCGAGCUCGGAUACAAGCUUGAAUGCGUUUCCACCCAGCCGCGAUGUUUGAAGGGCACGAUUGGUCCAUAUCGAGGACAACAUCUGUUGCGACUUGACACUAGACACGGCGUUACUUGGGCUUUCUCUUGACCAAGAGCCAAUGGCCACUCGCCCGCCUUACAAGAGAAAUGCGGCAUCUAUCCAUUCAUUCGGACUGGAGUGGAGUGGAAUUAGCAUAUGUCCCUUCUUUCAAACGAGAUUGUCAUGUUUGUCGGUAUUGAUUCGAUUCAUGCGUUUUCU